AUGGAUCCACCAUUAGAGGUCAAAAGACCGACCCGUGUUAUCACCGUGCAACCAAAUGAAACGGUAUUGACUGCUUUUCCCUACGUGCCUCACAGCUCUCUGCUGGAUUUCCUCAAGGGAGAGCCAAGAGUCUUGGGGGCUAUCCAGAUCCUGCUUGCCUUGAUCAUUGCGGGCAUUGGAGCUAUAUUUGCAUUUAAUUACUUCACUUUCUCCCAAAGAUUUCCACUCGUUUUCUUCACAGGAUACCCAUUCUGGGGAGCACUUAUUUUCAUUAUUACGGGAUAUCUCACAGGACUCAACAGGAAGAGAAAUUUUCUGGGGCAAGGCGUCAUGGCCAUGAAUGUGAUCAGUUCCUUGGCUGCGGUGGCUGGGAUCACACUCACCAUUAUCAGCUUUCAGUACCAGCACCAUUACUGCAAGAUGCCUUCCCUAGAAGGAAUAUGUGUUGUAGGUAGAAUCCUUUUCAAUGGAAUUCUAUCCAUCUUACUGAUCCUCAGCAUAGUGGAACUCAGCAUCUCUGUGACUGUAGCCUCCUUCAGAAGCAAGUGCUGGUCCAAGUCAAAUGAGAUUGUGUUUUUCUUGCCAUUGGAUGUUACUCAAAGGAAUGAAUUAUCUAUAACAGAAGAAAAUGCUGUAAUACAGUUUGACAUUCAAGAAGAGCCUUCCAGUGAUGGCCUAACGACCAACGUACAACCUGUUUUCUUUGGAGGCUAUAGCUUCUUCAGAUUAAAAGUAUCAAAAAAUCCUAUAACCAUCUAUCAUUCAGACAAGAGAAGCAGUCAUAAUCACACAUCUUUGUGUGGGACAUAUGAACAGCAGAAAUAUACCCCUCCUCUGUUAAAACAUUAUGAGAAAGAUAGUGAGAAAUCUUUGUCUGUCAUAUUAGAGAAAAGGCCCUCAGGAAAAACCACACACACUGAACAAAUAAGUGAUGAAGAGCUACAACUUGCUAUCAAACAACUCCCAGAAAUGCAAAUGCAAUCAUCGCAGGCUAAAGCCAUGCCACUCAAAGUUUUGCCACCCCGUUAUGUAAAAAAUCUUGAAGCAUUACCACCACAUGACUUGUCAUCUCAAGCUCUGCUAGUACAAUCCCUGCUAUCUGAAACCUCAACAUCCCAUGCUACACAGUCUCAUGACCUCACAUCCGAAGAUAUGCCAUCCCAAGGCACACUAUCCCAAAAUACACGAUCCCAAGACACACAAUCCCAAAGCAUACUAUCCCAAAACACACGAUCCCAAGACACACAAUCCCAAGGCACACUACCCCAAAACACACAAUCCCAAGACACGCAAUCCAAAGAAAUGCCUUCCCAAGAUAUGCUUUCUCAAACACAAGUUCUGUCAUCACAAGCCAUACUAAUUCAAGCCCCAACAUCCCAUAUCACACAGUCUCAUGACCAGAUAUCUAAAGAUAUGCCAUCCGAAGACACACCAUCCCAAAACACACAAUCCAAAGACACACCCUCCCAAGAUAUGCUUUCCCAAGUACAAGUUCUUCCAUCACAAGCCAUGCUAUUUCAAGCACCAGCAUCUCAUAUCACACAGUCUAAUUACCUGAUAUCUGAAACCAUGCAAUUGGAAACCCAAACAUCCCAUACUUUGCAGACCCAUAAUGUACACCUAGAACAGCAAUCCCUGGGUAAUCAACUACAAAACACCCAACAGCAAGACCAGCAAUUUACACAUGUGUCAUAUCAAGACAUUCAAUCAGAAGUCAAGUUACUGACCCAAGAUUGGAACUCAAAAGGGAAACACCAAAUGAAGAAAGCCGUGAAGCAGCAUUCCUUCGAGCACCAUAGCAAAGGCUGGCAAUCUUCAGUAAAGCAAUCCCUAGACUUGCCAGUCCAAGACCAGGAAUUACCCAGGAAGAAAUCCUUAGAUGAGCAAAUCAAAAACUGGAUAUCCCCAAAGAAUCCCCCCAUAGUUAAGCAAGUCCGAAUUAUGCAAUUCUCAGACCAGCAAGCUGAACACCAGCUGACCCAAGGAAAGCAAUACCUAAAGCAACAAUCGCAAAAUUGGCAAGGUGAAGACCAGCAGGGCAAAGAGGGGAAAUCCCCAAAGCAGCUAGGUGAACAUCUGCAAUCCAAAAUCCAGAAAUACCAAGACUGGCAACCUUUAGGCCAACAAUCCCAUGACUGGGAAACUCAAGAAUGGAGAAACAAAGGUGGUAAAGCAGAAGAACGCAAAUAUGAAAUGCAACGUUCUCUAAAUUUGGAAUCCCAAGCCUGGCAAACCCAAGAACUAUUAGAAAAACAAUUCCUAAAGCAGAAAAUUCUAUACAAAGAAGCCCAAACUUUGCAUGCCACACCCGAACAUUUCCUUCAUCAGCAAUUACAAGAGAGUCAGUAUCAAGAUAAGAACCAACAAGACCUUCAAUCCGCUGGUAUCCAAAAAGACGAUAUGGAAAUAAACACUAUACAAACAAAAGACAUGAAACUGACGGACAUAAAAAGUCUGUGCCCAAAACCAAGUGACCAGCAAUCAGAAGACAUGAAGCCAGAAUUCCAUCAUUCCUCUUGCCAAAGCUCUGUACAAGACGAAUCUUCCACUUAUUUGUACAAUGUAGGCUCAGAACAAGACGUGCAACAAAACACUUCAAUGAGCUCAACUUCAUACAAAGAAGAUCCAGCUUUAACCUCAUGCUACCCAAAGGAUCAACAGCAAUCUGAGGACUCUGACUAA